AUGGCUUGAUACCAUUUCAAUGGCUGGACAGCAACAGUUAUCCAAGGACGAGUCAUGCAAGCAGUUAUGAUCGUGCGCUAUGAGGUUAUUGAUAUGCUGUUGUUUGAGGCACAAUGGCGUCACAUACUUACAGACAAAUCACAAAUGCGAUAUUAAUUAUAGUCCUACAAAUAACUACCACAAAUGCAGCCAAAAUAAGACAAGACAGCGGCAGUCCCGUGUACGAAAUUAUCAAUGAACAAGCCAGGAUAGACGAUAAGGUUAGACUUAACGGAAACUUACCUUACGGGAAUCCGCUAGCUGGUAAUUCAUUACAGAAUGCCAGACAACACGCGCAACAUCAACAGGCCAUGUUCAACGCCGAAAGAAUGAGACAGCACAGAGCACAGUUACAAAGAUGGGCGCAAAUAUCUCAAGUUGAUAGUUACAUGAAAGCCUAUCACGAUUCCCAAGAAGAUCAUCAGUUAGCUGUUGAACAACAGCAGGCUAAUCUUAGAGAGAAACAAAGUCCAGUUACUUCUAAAGCUGUUCCUAGAGUGAUGAGGCGACAACGCCCUAAACUAGAACCUCUAAAGAAAGGUAUCAGAGUGAUACCCGAGGCUGUAAGGAUAACGAAAGAGAAUUCUGUCAAAACUGAAAAGAGUAGAAGCCAUAGAUCAUACGGAUCGACUUAUCACCAGUAUUUACAGCCAAAACUAUAUAAGAAUGUUUACGUUUCACCUGCGCCAACUUAUGACCAAGGUGUCACUAUCAAACCUAAUGGAAAUGUUGGGCUAACUGGUCAAAAACAAGUGAAAGAUGAAACGAUAUUAUUUACAGAAGCCGUGCCGAGUAAAACACAAUACGUGUAUCCAAAACAAUAUGGUCCAAUGCAGGGAUACCAAUCUGCUCAAGAUAUAGAAACACUAAAAUAUUUAUUAAAAAAGAAUCCACAUGAACAACUCAAGUCGCUAAAUGCUUUGAUCAAACCAGAGCAGACGGAAGACAAGGAUGUUCUAGAUUCAAAUAUAGAUUUGUAUUUCUAUAAAGACACCCCAACCCAAAGCUUAGUUGAUCAUUAUGAUAACAUGUUAUACGCCCAGGUAGAACCGCAAAUAUAUGCCAGUGCAUAUACCCCUGAAACAAAAGACCACACGCCUAUUACAGAAGAAGUUGAUGACAUUGAAGACCCAAAUAAAUAUGAAAAUUAUCAAGGAUAUGGAGUACAGUCUAUUGUGGCUACAGAAGUUCCUGAAAUUGAUACGACUACAACGAAAAGCAAUAAUUAUUACAAAGUUGAAGUUGCCAGCCAGAUCAUUUCUUCAGGAUAUAAGCCCACCGAAAUUAAACACUACAAUGGAGAGGAACAUGAAAAUUUAAAUUAUAUUCAACCGUUAAAAUAUUAUUUUCAUAAAGAAUUGAACACACAUGAUGAUGGGAGUGUAAGAUAUCUUCACCACAAUGCAAAACCUACUGGCGUCCAACAUCUUACUGAAGAUGGUAGCGGAGUGUCAGCCUACGAUGAAGAUAGUCUCCAAUACGCUGCUAACUACGAAUUCGGGUACAGAAUCCGAGACCACCACACAGGCAACGAUUUCGGACACCACGAGGCCAAAAGUGGCGAAAACACAAACGGCCAUUAUCACGUGCUCCUCCCGGACGGAAGAAUGCAGAACGUCCAAUACACAGCUGGUCCCGAAGGAUUCCACGCAGAUGUAUCAUAUGAUCUACAUUCUGUGAACUGACAAAUGUUGCCGAUUUUGGCUAUUCACCAACCAGUGACAGACUUUAACAAUUCUUGGAAAGUAUGAAUUUUGCCACAUUAUUGGUGUGUUCUUAAUUGAUUGUGCAAUAUGUUGAGUGCAAUAGUAUAGUGUUGACAUUAUCGUAAAAUUUAUUUAUUUUUAUUAAUGUGCAAUAAAGAUAAUGCAAUAAUAUUGAAAAUGCAAAACGAAUGAAGUUUAUACAAUUAAUGAUGAUAGAGAAUAAUAAUUUUGUUCGAAUAAUGAUAGAAGUAAAACACAAGGAAUUAUAAUUAUUUAUUACAAAAAAAAAUCUUGCCAUGCUUAGAUUACAACACACUCGUUAUUAUAUAACAAAAAAAAAUACUAUGUCCGGAUGUCCGUUUCACGUGGCUGUCAAACUGUGAAAUGGCGCGAAAGAUAAAUGAACACAGAUUUUUAUACCAAGUUGAUAUUUUCCCGCCAAAAGUGAAAACAAGGAAAGUGAUAGUGUGAUGGGGCAUUAUGGCAUUAAAUUAUACCUCUAGUAACUGUCAUGUUGUUAUGUAAUUUAAUAUAACUUAUGAUGUAGCUAUUUAACAAUUAGGUAGUUACGUAUUAAAUACAAGGGCAUGGCCUGGAGCUUUAUUUUUUUAUCGUAUUUUAAAACAAAAAUGGUGUAAUGAUGUUCUUAAUUUGGUACAAAAGUUUUUUUCCAGUGUUAUCUUGUUGUAAAUAAACAGUUUCGUAAUGUUUGAAAUCAGUAAAAUAGUAUUUGUGUACCUAUCUAUAGCAAUUGCCUAUUUAUUCAUCAUUUUAUUUUCUUGUGUUCUUUAAAAAAGGUAA